UUUCUUUUCCCCCUCAACCGCUUGUUUCCGUGUGUUUUUCCUGCAGGAGGAGGAGGAGAAGAAGGAGAGGGGAGGGGGGGAGCUCUUUUUCCACUUUUUUUUCCCUCCCUUCCCCUGAAACAUCUUCCAAUCCAGUCACCCCCCCCCCCUCGCCUGCAACACACGCACACGCACAACACCGCCACCUCCCCCAGCUUGUUGCUGGGCCCAGCCUUUCUCUCUCUCCGUGUGUGUGAUCCAGCCAGCCGGCUUCCUGUGUUUGUGUGUGGACCUCGCAGGGCUCGGAGCUGCCACCUCAACAUGCUAUAAGCCGUGUGCGCUCGUCUCCGGCGGCACAAAGGAGGAUCCGCGUCCAGCCUCAAGGGGGGAGGAGGAGGAGGAGGGGAAAAAUAUAAAGAAAAAAAGGCACACACACAAAAAAAAACAACAAAAUAACGCCGAGCUUCACCCAUGAAGGCGUGCGGCGUUGCGGAGGCACAGUCGGCGUGAAGGAAGAAGGACAGGACGUUGCAAUUUUUAUUUAUUCUUUAAAAGAUGGCGAACGACUCUCCUGCUAAAAGUCUGGUGGACAUCGACCUGUCCUCCCUGCGGGAUCCAGCCGGGAUUUUUGAACUGGUGGAGGUCGUGGGAAAUGGCACCUAUGGACAAGUCUACAAGGGACGACAUGUCAAAACCGGCCAGCUGGCAGCCAUCAAGGUUAUGGAUGUCACCGAGGAUGAAGAAGAGGAAAUUAAACUGGAGAUUAAUAUGCUGAAAAAAUACUCUCAUCACCGAAACAUCGCCACAUACUAUGGGGCCUUCAUUAAGAAGAGCCCUCCUGGGCACGACGACCAGCUCUGGCUCGUCAUGGAGUUCUGUGGGGCGGGAUCCAUCACGGAUCUGGUGAAGAACACCAAGGGCAACAGUCUGAAGGAGGACUGGAUCGCCUACAUCUCUCGAGAGAUCCUGCGAGGGCUGGCACAUCUUCAUGCCCACCAUGUGAUUCACCGUGACAUCAAAGGGCAAAAUGUUCUGCUGACAGAAAACGCUGAAGUGAAGCUGGUGGAUUUUGGUGUCAGCGCUCAGCUCGACAGGACGGUAGGGAGGAGGAAUACCUUCAUCGGGACUCCGUACUGGAUGGCCCCAGAAGUCAUUGCUUGCGAUGAAAACCCGGAUGCCACCUACGACUACAGAAGUGACCUGUGGUCCUGUGGGAUUACAGCCAUUGAGAUGGCAGAGGGGGCUCCCCCACUUUGUGACAUGCAUCCGAUGAGAGCACUUUUCCUAAUUCCCAGAAACCCCCCACCGAGACUGAAAUCCAAAAAAUGGUCCAAGAAGUUCUUCAGCUUCAUCGAGGGCUGCCUGGUGAAGAACUACAUGCAGCGCCCCCCCACCGAGCAGCUCCUCAAGCACCCCUUCAUCCGCGACCAGCCCAACGAGCGGCAGGUCCGCAUCCAGCUCAAGGACCACAUCGACCGCACGCGCAAGAAGCGCGGGGAGAAAGACGAAACGGAGUACGAGUACAGCGGCAGCGAGGAGGAGGAGGAAGAGGCGCCCGAGCAGGAGGGAGAGCCCAGCUCGAUCGUGAACGUGCCGGGCGAGUCCACGCUGCGCCGGGACUUCCUGCGCCUGCAGCAGGAGAACAAGGAGCGCUCCGAGGCCCUGCGGCGGCAGCAGCUCCUGCAGGAGCAGCAGCUGCGCGAGCAGGAGGAGUACAAGCGCCAGCUGCUGGCGGAGCGGCAGAAGCGCAUCGAGCAGCAGAAGGAGCAGCGGCGGCGGCUGGAGGAGCAACAGCGGCGGGAGCGCGAGGUGCGCCGGCAGCAGGAGCGCGAGCAGCGCCGCCGCGAGCAGGAGGAGAAGCGCCGGGUCGAGGAGCUGGAGCGCCGGCGCAAGGAGGAGGAGGAGCGGCGCCGGGCCGAGGAGGAGCGGCGCCGGGCCGAGCGCGAGCAGGAGUACAUCAGGCGCCAGCUGGAGGAGGAGCAGAGGCACCUGGAGAUUCUUCAGCAGCAGCUGCUCCACGAACAGGCCAUGUUGCUGGAGUACAAAUGGCGGGAGAUGGAAGAGCAGCGUCAGGCAGAGAGGCUUCAGCGUCAGCUGCAGCAGGAGCAGGCCUACCUCCUCUCUCUGCAGCACGGCCAUAGGCAGCAGCCACAGCCGCAGGACAGGAAUAAACCGCCACCGCCGCCGCAAGCUCCCCAGCCCGCAGAGCAGAAACCCCCUGCUCCCGAGCCGCCAGACAGCGCGCGAGAGGCUGACGAGAGGUUCCGAAAGAAUAUUCAGGGCUCACCUCAAGCACAGUCCAGACAGCCCUGCAAAGUGUUGGAUCCCCCAGUGCCUUCGCGAUCGGAGUCCUUCUCGAAUGGCAACUCUGAGCCCGUCCCACCUGCCCUGCACAGGCCUGUGGAACCUCAGGUACAGUGGUCCCAACUGGCAUCUCUCAAGAGUAACGCUUCCCCCGUCUCUCGAUCCCAUUCCUUCAGUGACCCUUCUCCUGUUUUUGCACAUCUUCAUCUUCGCUCUCAGGACCCAUGUCCACCUUCACGCACUGCCAUGCAGCCAGUCUCUGAGCCUAGAGCAGACAUGCCUGAGCCUAGCCCCAAGGAUAGGUACCCAGGGGCCCGGACUAAGGCAGAGAGUGAGGAGGUCCCUCCCAGGGUUCCAGUGAGGACGACGUCCCGGUCCCCGGUCCUGUCGCGGCGGGAUUCUCCCCUGCAGGCUGUCGGACAGCCCAGCGGCCCAGCUGGCCAGAGGAGCUCCUCCAGCAACGCCGAGCCGCGCCUGCUGUGGGAGCGGGUGGAGAAGCUGGUCCCGCGCCCCGGCAGCGGCAGCUCCUCGGGCUCCAGCAACUCCGGCUCCCAGCCCGGCUCCCAGAGUGGCUCCGGGGAGAGGUUCCGCGUGAGAUCGUCAUCAAAAUCGGAGGGCUCUCCAUCACAGCGGCAAGAAAAUGCUGCAAAAAAGCCUGAAGAGAAGAAAGAUGUUUUCAGACCGAGCAGGCCUGCUGGUGAAGUGGACCUCACGGCCCUGGCCAAGGAGCUGCGGGCCGUGGAGGACGUCCGCCCGCCCCACAAAGUGACCGACUACUCCUCGUCCAGUGACGAGUCGGGCACCACGGACGAGGAGGACGAGGAGCUGGACCAGGAGGGAGCGGACGAGUCCACCUCGGGCCCUGAGGACUCCAGAGCCGUAUCUUCUAAGUUGAGUAACGGAGAGACAGAAUCUGUGAAGACAAUGAUCGUUCACGAUGAAGUGGAGAGUGAUCCUGCAGUCACCCCCUCCAAAGAUGGCACUUUAAUUGUAAGACAGAGCGCAGGUGACAAAAAGCACCCCAGUCAUCAGGAGAGCAAUGGCUUUGCCGGUCGCAUUCACCUCUUGCCAGAUCUCAUACAGCAAAGCCAUUCCUCCUCUUCCACCUCCUCCCCAUCCUCCAGCCAGCCGACACCCUCCAUGUCCCCCCAGACUCCCCUGGACAAGCUCGCUGCUCACGAGACGCAGUCUGCCAGUAAUACACUGCAGAAACACAAAUCCUCCUCUUCCUUCACGCCUUUCAUUGACCCGCGGCUGCUGCAGAUCUCCCCGUCCAGCGGGACCACCGUUCCGGCUGUGGCAGGCUACAGCAGCGAAGCCCUGAGAUCGGAGGCCCUGAGGCAGGACCCCACCCGGAAGGGCUCGGUGGUGAACGUGAACCCCACCAACACGCGGCCCCAAAGCGACACCCCAGAGAUCCGGAAGUAUAAGAAGAGGUUCAACUCGGAGAUCCUGUGCGCCGCGUUGUGGGGGGUCAAUUUGUUAGUGGGCACUGAGAGUGGCCUGAUGCUGCUGGACAGGAGCGGUCAGGGGAAGGUGUACCCCCUGAUCGGCCGCAGGCGCUUCCAACAGAUGGACGUGCUUGAAGGCCUUAAUGUCCUGGUGACAAUCUCAGGCAAGAAGAACAAGCUGCGUGUUUACUACCUGUCGUGGUUAAGGAACAAGAUCCUGCACAAUGACCCAGAAGUGGAGAAGAAGCAGGGCUGGACAACAGUGGGGGAUUUGGAAGGCUGUGUGCACUAUAAAGUUGUAAAAUACGAGCGAAUCAAGUUCUUAGUCAUUGCAUUGAAGAAUUCAGUGGAAGUCUAUGCAUGGGCACCAAAGCCGUAUCACAAGUUCAUGGCCUUUAAGUCGUUUGGGGACUUGAUACACAAGCCGCUGCUGGUGGACCUGACCGUGGAGGAAGGGCAGAGGCUAAAGGUGAUCUACGGCUCCUGUGCGGGGUUCCACGCGGUGGACGUGGACUCAGGGACGGUCUACGACAUCUACCUGCCCACGCACAUCCAGAGCAGCAUCCAGCCGCACGCAAUCAUCAUCCUCCCCAACACCGACGGCAUCGAGCUGCUGGUGUGCUACGAGGACGAGGGCGUCUACGUCAACACGUACGGCAGGAUCACCAAGGACGUGGUCCUGCAGUGGGGAGAGAUGCCCACGUCCGUCGCCUACAUCCGCUCCAACCAGAUCAUGGGCUGGGGGGAGAAGGCCAUCGAGAUCCGCUCCGUGGAGACGGGCCACCUGGACGGCGUGUUCAUGCACAAGAGGGCCCAGAGGUUGAAGUUCCUGUGCGAAAGAAACGACAAGGUCUUCUUCGCUUCGGUGCGGUCCGGAGGAUCGAGCCAAGUUUACUUCAUGACCCUCGGAAGGAGCUCGCUCCUGAGCUGGUAGGAGGGAGAGCAGGGAACACGCUGGACACCCGCGCUUCACAACACCCGGAACGUCGGAAAAAACCUUGAACUAAUCUACAACUGGAGAGCAAGCUGCACUGAGGCCAUACGAUAUCUAACGCUGUCACCUGGUGAUGAUACAUUUAGGAGUUGCUAAACGGGGAGGGGUGGGGGGAUGGGGGGGAACCACAAAGGCUGUGAAAGGUCCUGGUGCUGUUCGUGUUAAGGCGGUUCUCUUCCAGCCACGCUGCGGCUUGGAGACGCCGUUAGACAGUAGCGCUUCACCUCUGUAUAGAUUCUGUUGGCUUCAGAUGACUCUUGACAAAAUCCCAGAGCCCUAACCUGAAUAAUACAGUAUGGCAAACGCUGGAUCUGCAUGUGAGAGUGAGGGAGGGAAGGCUGCAGCAGAAUCCCGGAGGGUUAGACUAUAAAGUAUUACUACUAUAGCGUAUUUAACUGCAUUUCUUUUCGAUGGAGUUACCGCUGAUGAUGGGAGGCAGGGGCAGGUUGUAGUGUUUUAAAGUUCAGUGCAGGGAAGAGGUGGCGAUUGGAGUGCUUGCUUCGAGCCGGUUUGCACCUGAAAGCAAAGAACCUGAGACAUGUCAGUCACUUAUGUUGUUGUGUUAGGCCAGAGGUUUCAGUUAAGUUGCAGGGUUAAGAUAAAUGUCAGAGUAACGCUCAUUGUUUUCUGGUAUAAAAGCGCAACUGUUCUUUUCCCAUUUUGAAAAGGUUUGCGCUUGGAAAAAUCCCUUUUGGUUUUUUUUUUUGACCUACCUCAUGUUGAAACACAAGCACUACAGGAGGUGGUUUCAUGUUUUGUAUCUCGAGAAUUCAAAUACGAUAGACGUCUCAUAUUUUCAUUAUUUUAGUAAAAACCAAAUUGAUGGUAGACUUGUUGGGACUGUUUUUAAAUAAGAAGGGACUGUAGUUAUCAUGCCAGCAAAUUGAUUUUGGUCUGAAAGCACUAGUGACAAAUUACUUGCUUUCAAAUAAUGAUCAGAAGUGGAGGAGCAUGAGACAGCAGAAGCACGUGCAUAGUUUUAGGAUGAUUAAUACAGACACGACUGCUUACUUCAGUUACAUUUCAGACUUUGUAGGAGAUGGUGUUUUUGUUAGAAUUCUCAACUGUAUGUCGUAGGAAACCAGUGGUGUUUUUUAAUCUUUUUUAUUUACUGAAUGCAAUGCACUAAAUCUUAUCUCGAGAAUGUAGAAAAAUAUGACUUAAUGGUAAAGAGCAUAAUCUUCAGCAACAUUGAUGCAGGACCUCCACAUCUGAACCUGGAGCGUUAUUAAUAAAGGAGAAGGGAGAGGAAGACCUGGAACCAUUUUGUUUUCUGAAAAGAAAAUCCUGAAAUUUCCAGCAACGUUUCAGCAGUUCUGCGUUUUCAUUUUUUUCAUUACUUGAGAGAUGAAGUGUAUAAUACUUGGGUAAGGUAAUAAAACACCUUGGUAUUGCAUUAUCCUACUGUAGGCUCCUUUUGGGUACUGUGCUGACAGCUGCCUUAAGCUGUUCAUUUAUUGAACAGGAUCUCAGUGUUUCUAUAGGGCUUAGACUUCUGCAGACUCAGUGUGAAACAGCAUGAUAUGUAGGCAUUUUAUUGAAUCUGUACAAUUGUUUAACUUUUAAAUGGUAGGUUGUACUUUUAACGAUUUCAUCUGUUAAGUAACUGGUUUCCCACUUGAUGUAGCAAAAUUAAUCUAAUAUCCCAUUAACACUGACAGUUUAGACCUGAGCAACAAGCUCCCUGAAUUAGGAUAUGUACUGUAUGUGAUUAUAUAUUGACUGCCACUGCAGAAUUUCCCUUCCCAGACGGACAUGUCACAGUUUAGUAUUCAUCAGUGCUAAGGUUGGUGGAUUUCUUUGGCAUUUUUUUAGCCAAAAAAAAACUAAUGUAACCAAAAAUAAUUUAGUUCUUUUUACUUAAAAAUGUGGGGCAGAAGAAUAUAAAAUUCAUAUUUGAUAAGAAAGACGUUGUAUGUUUUAAAACAAUGGCUAUUUUACUCCCAUUGCGUUUUUUCUGACACCAUAUUAAAAAGAAAUAAAUUGAAAUAUCUUCAGUCAGUGCCUGUCUGUGUUCAUGUACAGUUCUUAUGCUCUCCCUCUUAUUAAACUUUUGCAGUUUUGAAUGUGAUUGUUUCAACUAGUAAAAAAAAAAUCUGUUUACCAAUGUCAGUAUGCAUACUGUGCUCAGCCUCUAGGUAGUCAUAUAACUUUUAUAGACAAGUGAAGACGAUGGCGUGUUUAUGAAGGGGAUUAUCAGGUUGUUAAUGCGUGAUCGGUUUUGAGUAAAAGACUUCCGUUCAGAGUGUGCAUCUUUUUUUAUACAAAAACUCCUACAGGUUAAGUAUAGUAUUAUCCAGUCAGUCGUUGUUUUAGGCAUCGUGUGGUAGAACUCAUUGGCAUGAGCUCUUCCCACAGCCAGGUGCUGUCAGAUCUGCCCUAAGGCUAGCUUGCGUUUAGGCUACACAGCUCUGAGCCCCUUUGAGUAAAGCCCAGCUCCAGGACAGCUCGGCACAGGCUGGUGAUGUUUACACGGCUCUCAGCCAGCCUGGAGCCACCCUGCAGACCCAACCGGCGUAAAGCGAGCGGUCCGGGUGUGAGGGCCGAGAAAACGCGGACAGGACCCCCUCUCGGCUUGAGGGAUAAAGCGAUCGAGGUUGGGCUCGGCGUCUAGUUUGCUAGUCUGCCCCCCUUUCCGUUCUUCAGACUCUUCAGCAAAGCCGAAGAGCGGGGGUUACCUCUUCCGUUUUCCCCAAGAGGAGCUCUCCGUAGCCAAAAGGGGAUUGCGGUUCUCAAAGGCCGGAAAACGCAUUUUCUAGGGGGCGGUCAGUCCUUCGGAUUUGCUUUCUGUUCUUGACCCUUUCAAGGCGCUGCACUUGUAGUGGCGAAGCAUUUGAUCGGACGUUCUUCUAUGUGAAAUCCUAAAAGAAAACAAACGGUGCAUAUGCAGUCUUUAUGGUAAUUAGUCCCUCAAUUACUGAGUCUCUCGUUCUUGUUGCUCAAUACAGUUAAGGCCUUUCAGACAUAAGUGACUUUACCAUUAGCAGAAAUCUGUUGAAGCUUCAAGUAGAAAACAUUUUCUCUCCGCAGUCUGUGACUCGCAGCUCCCACUGUAAGAAAUGUGCCAAGGUGGCAUUUAAAAGUAACAGUAUUACAAAACCACUACGUCAAGAACAUUUUGAAGAACUCUUAAGCAUCAUAUUUUUAACUUCUAGAUUUAGUUAAGCUUAAUGAUAGUUAAUUUUAUUUCUGUGUUUUAUGUAACCCUAAUUAUACGACUGCAGUGUUUUUAUUAUGCACAUGUUAUGUUGAGAAAAUGUUUACAGAAACAAUGUUUUGUUACACUAAUGUGCAUCAUAUUUAAGGUUUAUUUGAAAGCAUUCUGUGUUUUUUUUAGCUUGGUUUGUAUUAUUAUAAGUGCACAGUUUUGUCACCCAUAACCCUAAACUCUGCUGAUUUUUUUUAAAUGCAAAAGUAAUACAAAUGACAAAUUAAGGGUUUAUUACUAGAUAUCUAGCUGCAAAGCAGACCAGGUACAGGUAAAAUGUUUUCAUCCUAUGUUUCUGCCAUGCUAUCUAACUUAUGUCUUCUGUGUAUUAUGGGAAUUCUUGUAUUUUCCUAAAGGCCGUUUUUUCUUGAAUAAACUCGGAAGUCAUAUA